AUGCACGCUUCCGCUGCCGUCCUCGCUUUCGUCGCUGUUGCGGCUGCUGCCCAGACCCCUGUGGCUCCUGUGGCUACUCCCGUCGCUACUCCCGGUGCCCCCACCAACGGUACUAAGCCCGGCUCCGGCUCUGGCUCUGGCUCUGGCUCUGGUUCCGGCUCCGGCUCCACCCCCGCCAACGGCGCUGCUGCCCUCGGUCUCAGCGGUCUCGCUGGAGCUCUCGCUGUUGCCCUUGCCCUGUAA